AAAUAACGGCAGAAGAACCGUGCGCUUCGUGAAUGUAACAUCAGAGCUCUGUGAUCGACGGCUGGUAGCUAACUAGCUAGCAAGUUGUUGCUGUGGCUACUGCAAAAGGCGUUGCCUGACAUUUCUAAACAAGCAGCUUUACGGUUUAAUAUUGCUUAAAACUUUAUAUGACUUCAAAAUGGUUGUGGAGGACACCCAGUUUCUGAGUAUCCUCAAGGGAAAACGCGUUAAACUGACCCUCAAGACUACAUCUUACCUCGGAGUCAUCCAACGUAUAAAUCCCAACAAAACGCUGAUUCUUGCAGACGUUGUCAGUGGCAGUAAUGGCUGUAAAUUUCCUGGCUCCAAAAUGUUUUUCGGGCAUGAGGUUCUGAAUGUGGAAUUUACCAAUGACGAGAACACAGGCAAAGGUCAUAUUCAUGACCAUAGACUUGAAGAGCAUUUGAACGUGGAAAAAUUUCAGCCAUACAGGAAGACAAUUGCACUGGAUUAUGAUGAUGAAGAUGAAGAGGAGUAUAUCAACUUUGUAGUCAUAGAUGAGUUCCAUGAGAAGUUUGGGUCUGCUGUGAUGCACAUCAAGAAGCAGCAUGUGAUCGGUGUGGGAGCGGAUGGAGUUGAGGUAUUUAAGCACGGGAGACUGUGUUGGCUGCAGAUUGCCACUAAAAGCAAAGUAUACCUGUUCGAUAUCCUGUUACUCGGAGCUCGAGCCUUUAAGAAUGGCCUUUCCAUGAUCCUGGAAAAUAAGCACAUACUGAAGGUCAUUCAUGACUGCAGAGCCAUUGCUGGAUGUCUGAUCGCUCAGUUUGGAGUGAAGCUAACAAACGUCUUUGAUACGCAGGUGGCAGAUGUCAUGUGCUUCUACUCAGAGACAGGAGGCCUCCUUCCUGACAGAGUCAGUACUCUGCAGGAGGUGGUGAGUCUCCAUCUAAAGGUGCCCUCCUCCCAGCUCUUAUCCCUUCAGAUGAAGUCGCAGCUCACCAAGGAAGAAAGGGAGAUGUGGUACAAGCGGCCCUGUCCUGUCCCCCUGCUGAAGGUGAUGGCACUGUCGGUGAUCCACCUUCAGCCUCUCAGACUGGUGCUGCUGGAUAAAAUCAUGACAGACUAUAUGUCACUAGUGGAUUCAUACCUCAACAACAGCCAGUACGAACCUGGCGAAUUGGAGCAUGUCAGCAUGGAGAGUGUGUUAGAGUUGCCCAGAGAGCUCCGGCAGCUCGAGCAAAUGCAUCGCGAGCGGCAGGAGUGGGCUGUCGACCACUACCCCGUCACAGAGCAAGGUCUGCUGGCUCGCUUCAACCCCCGCAGUCAGUCUCCAGCCCAGACGUCUCCUGCAGCAGAGGAGCACAACCAAGCAGAUUCCUCUGAACCAACAACUUUGGAAUCACAAGUUGACACUGUCCUUCACAAGCCCCCAAACAGUGUUUUGUCAGUGGAUGCCCAUGUCUCCCCUGACCCAACAGCAGCCACUGUAUCAGACCUCAGGAGACAAAUGUCUGUUAGUAGUCCCUUGUCUCAGGGUGUAGGCAGAGGGCGCGCAGAUGCACUGAUGGACACAAUGGGUAGAGGAAGGCCCGUUGGGAAAGAGCAGUCAUCCAUCCGUGCCUUAUCUGCCAUAGGAAGAGGCUUCCUUCUCCAAAUAUCACAAGAUCAGAUACCCAGAGAGUGCAUGGGGGUCAUGAUGACUCCAGGUAGGAUUUGGACGUCUCCUUCGUGUCACAGCCACACACUUGCCCAAGAAGUAUUGCCCCAGCCUGGCCCCGGUGCAGAUGACCUGCCAAAGGACACAGGAGAACCUUUUACAUCGACAACUGAGUCAUCUUCACUCAUGCAGUCAUUCAGGUCUUUCAGAUAUUGAAGAAAGUGUUAAAAGCCAUAUAAGGAGUUGCAUUGGUCAAUUGUUUGUAGUUCCUUAAAGUGACCAGUAGAUGGCAGUAAAUAUUAUGUUUUGUGUCGAGGUUUGUUUGAUAACCAGGCAUUUGUGAAAAGUCUUUAGAGAAAAAAAGAUUCAGUUGUUUGGAUGUUGCAUGCCAGUUCACUUGAAUAAUAUCUGUAUUUUGUUUGGCAAAUCAUUUGCCUGUCUUUAACAGCUAAAUCCUUCUUAAUAUUUUGAUUGAGUGAUAAUUGAUUGCACUCUUAUCUGUAACAUUUAGAUAAUCUGUAUGAUAUUCAAAAGAUUCAAGUGUUUAUGCUGAUUUAUGUUUAUCAUUAAGAGAGUGACAAGAAGUAAUAGCCUUGGCUGUUGUAACAAAACUACAACCAAAAACAGCUCCACAUGUCCAAUAAACCAAAUUGUGAGCUGA